UAUCUUGGCCACAACGCAAACAGUUUGUCGUUUAUCCCACCAUAAAAAUUCCCUAUUCCCAUAACAACCGAAACGUAAUUCCCAUCGUCACCGUACGCCACCCAGCAACCCCUCCUCCCCAUCCCUCUCCUCCUCCUCCUCCUCUACGUCGCUGCCAUCCGCCAACAGCGCGUUCAACUGUAUCGAUCAGGGCGAUCACUCUAACCAGUGACCGGCGCCUCGGCAAGAUGGCUUCCUCUGAACCUCUCGUUCUUUUAGCCGUGGAUGGAAGUGAAUUCUCGGAAUAUGCCUUCAACUGGUAUGUUCAACACUUCCACAAGCCAGGGAACAGAUUACUGCUGGUGCACUGCCCUGAGACCUUCGCUAAUGUCACCAUGAUGAGUCCCAGCAAGGUACAGGAGCUCAUCACCCAAUGCGAGGAGAAGAUGCAGACACUAGAGAAGAAGUACACGGACAAGAUGAACGAACAUGGCAUCAAGGGCGACUUUGCUCGCCUUGACGGCGAGAAGCCAGGCCCGUCCAUUGUAGAAUGUGCAGCAGCUCGCAAUGUCUCCUUCAUCGUGACCGGAACUCGGGGACUCGGCAAGUUCCGACGUGCAUUGAUGGGCAGCGUCAGCGACUACGUAAUACACCACUCUCCCGUGCCCGUGUUGGUAUGCAGACACAAAGAUAAAGAUUAACUUGGGCACCAGCGAGUAGGACACUUCCAAAGUUCACGUGACCAUAGCAUCGAGAAGGCUAUUAGAUGCAAUCGAUGGACACGGCCCAUGCAAAGUGAUUUUGGGGGAUAACAUCCAUGUUGUUUAGGUCUGUAUAUCAUUUGUAUAUAAGUGUUUGAGAAGGUAUAGAUGGUGUGCAGCGCCACUCACGGGUACAGUCGUCAAGCUCAGUUUGGUCACCCUAUUAAGGUAGCAACUUAUAAAGUGUAAUUGGAUUCAUUUGUAGAUGUCAUUCCAAACUGCUGAAAUAACAACCUUGUUUUUCUGAAUGACAAAUCCCGUCGAUAUUUACAGUCAAUGCCACAUAUACGAUAAAGCAGGCCUGUCAGCUUACAUUGGUCAAUAUUGUAUUGUAACCCUGUGCACAUGCGUGACGAACAUAUAUCUCCUGGAUGCAGAAAUAAAUAAGAUAUCACUGA